CCAUCCCCCUUUUUAUUUCCGGAAGUCUGCUACGGACCAUUUACCGUAACUGUCCACAUUGAUCAUCACAUAAAGAAUUGUCUACUAUUUCAAAUUGAAGAAUUAUCAGCUGUGCGAGAUAGCUAACUACGUUGCAUUUCGUGAAAAAAUGUGUACUCAAACGAAGGCUGCUGCUCUCAUAGCGAACAUUCCAGAGGCAGAAAUUGACCCGACUGGUGUGUUCAAAUACGUUCUCAUUCGAGUACACACUAAAGAAGAUGGCGACGACUCGAGCGUAGAUAUUGUACGUGGAUAUGCCUGGGCCGAAUAUCAUGCGGAUAUCUAUGACAAGGUAGCAGAGGAGCUUGAGAAAGGAGGGCACCUGGAAUGUGAAUGUAUUGGAGGAGGAAGGAUUAAACAUGACUGCCAGUCAAAGAAGAUCCACAUCUAUGGCUACUCCAUGGGCUUUGGUAAAGCAAAUCACGCUGUUUCCACAGAGAAACUGAAGGUGCGCUACCCUAAAUACGAGAUCACCUGGGCUGAUGAGGGAUACUGACUUACACUGGACCCAACUCUGUGCUUGGUCUUGGUUCAGGCCUAACUCCUUCCUGUGUCAAUAAGUGUGGGCCAACAGAACACAGCAAAACCUCAGUGGCAUCACAUUAUGUGAGAUCUGAAGACAAACCUGUCAGUACAAAGCUGAAACUGGGACUAAGACUGACACAGUACCUAGUUGCUGACUAAUAUAGCCAGAACAACAGUGCUUGCUUUUCUAUUUUGUUUCAGUGAAACAAUAGAUGGAAAACAUAUUAUUUAACAUAAAUAUUUUUGUUUAAACAUAAAAUGAAUAAAUGUUUGCAUUGAUUUAAUAAAUGGUCAUGUAUGCCUUA